UCCCCGGCUGACGCCAUGUUCAGAUAAAUAUUGUUCGUUUCGGUAAUUUUAACGUUAUUUUAUAGAAUUGUUUAAAUCUGUUAACGCAGCUUCCUGUGACGCAGUUCAAAUUCGCCAGCUAGCUGCUACGUUAGCAUUAGCUAGUUAAGCUAAAGGAGCUAAGCUACUACCCGCGGUGGUCGCCAUGUCCCUGUGAGGAGAUGAGCCGCUGGGGUCGCGCCCUGCUCCUCGCUGUGUGUGUGUGGGUCGCGAACGCAGCCACAGACUCGGGGGUCUCUUCUACCACCGGCCCGACCGAUGGAGGACCUGUCACCGCCGCGACCCCUGCUCCUGGAAGCACAUGGGACCCCACCGGGGUGUGGACCACUGGGGUGACCGGGGCUGUGUCCCCUGAAGUGACCAAGGCUGUGUCCCCUGAGGUGACCGAGGCUUGGUCCACUGAAGCCGCCGCUGGGUCCACCGAGGCUCCCCCUGCAGCCACCGUCCAGCCCGAGCAGGCUCCGCAGGCGUGUCUCUGUGAUUUAACCCCGUAUUUCUGUGAUAUCGGCUGCUGCUGUGACUCGGUGGAUUGUGGCGUCGCUAACUUGAGUACUGUUUUCACUGGAUGUCCUCAGAAAGCCACAUCAGGAGUUUGCAUUGAGAAAUGGCUGAUGUUCAGGGCUAACGUGGAUUCAUCUCUGGUCACUGAGACGGACUCCCUGUUUUGUGUCCGGUCUGAAGAUAAAGCAGCCAAGUCUUUCCAAGCUCUUCCUCCUUAUCCUGCAUUAGGGGCGUCAUACCACUUCUCACCACCAGUGCCCACGAGCAGCAGCCACAGCCGACCUUUCUACAGGGUUGAUGAUGUCAUUCAGACAUCUUUCUCCAAUUCUUCUGUGAGGGGUCUCCUCCGUCAGCCGGCUCCAGGGGCUGCAGCAUCGUUUUGUAUCAGCCGCAACCCUGCAAAGUUCUUGAGGUCAACUUCUCUGUCCUGCACCCGCAUGUUGACGCCUCAGUCGUGUACCUCAGACCCAUAUCUCAACGCCCGCUCCUACUUCUCUGAUUUAAGUCUAAUCAAGAUUCCAAUCGUUGAGACAACACAAGUGUCAGACUUUCUGAUCCCAGUUAAACCACUGUCUGAGUGGCCUGCACCAGUCCAACUAAACAACUCCUGUUUCAACGUGGUUACAAAAGUGGAGUUUGUCAUAGGCUACACUGGCAGAGGAGAACUCACGUCUGCAACUGUGAACAUAGUCUUAGCGGAUGUGGAUCCAAAUCAGCUGCUGUUGCAGACGCACUCUGUGCAGUUCCAGUUGGUCAGAUCAAGCCCCUCUCCAGGAGGAAAGACCCCAGCAGACGGACUCAGAGUGGGAUCUCCUGUCAUUGGCCGCUUUGAUGGAAACAUGAAAUCUCUGACCACGCUGAGAUCUCAGGGUGGAGAGUGUUCCAUGGAUCCCAGCGGACGAGCACCCGUCCUCUUCCCAUACAACAUCAUCACCGGCUGCACAUUCAGUUCUCCAGCGAGAGACUGUUCAGAGCUGCGGUCUCAGAUCUACGGGAUCUUGCAGGGACUUGCUACUCCUGACGAGAUCGCCAUGAACUCAGGGUCCCAACUGAGCUGGACGAGAGUCAUCACCCAGGAGUGUCCUGUCGACCCACAGGAAACAUGUGAGUCAGGCUGCCUCCUCCCGAACUCGCUCUCUAUCCAAGUGCUGUGGGCCCGCCAGGGUCUCUUACACCUUCCCCAGAACUACAUCCUUGGGGGCAAAUACAUAUUCAAGUGUCGAAAAUUCAAGUGUCCUCUGUCGUCCCCUCUCGUUCUAACCACCGACGUGAUGUUCGCCGACACCACCGUUUUCCCCGGCCCCCCCAGGGGCUCACCGCAGCCCAGCUGGAAGUUUCCAUUUGGUUUCUUCACUAGAGGCUCUGCUGAGCUGGACGGCCACGUUGUUAUUAACCGGAGUGACACUGAGCAGGUCACAUGGAGCUUAGUGCUGUUCACUGUCAUGUUGCUAACAGGAUUAGAAUUCUUCACGAGGUAGCCGGAAGAUAGAUGAAUGUUUAUUUUUUAUACAGAGACAUGAAAAUGUUCCAUACUGCGUCAACACAAAAUAAAACGUUUUUUGUAACAUUUGCAGGAAUAAAUACAUUUGUACAAGA